CCGCAUUCAAACUUUCAGAUUCAGUAUGCUAGCUCCACGGCUGCGCCACUGCAAACCUAGCAGCCGGCUUGCCGCGGGAACUCGCUCCCCUCUCCAUCUGCGCCGCCUUUUCCAGUAUCUCCAGCUGUUUACGCCGCCGCUCUCCCUACCACACCCCCGAGGUCUAGACGAGCUCUUCCCCGGUCGCCGCCAUCCUCUCCUCUCCAUCGCCGCUCCUCCCCGUUAUGCCCAAGAAGCUCGGCAAGCCGCCGCCGCCGCCGGCGGCGGCACAGGAGGAGGGGAGAGAGGAGCUUUUUGCAUCAUGCUCCUUCGCCGACCUCGGACUCCACCCUACCCUCUGCGCCCACCUUCAAGAUAAGAUGGGUUUCCAAGCACCGACGCGAAUUCAAGCUCAGGCAAUUCCUGUCGCCAUGUCUGGACAGCACAUGCUAGUGAAGGCUGCAACUGGCACUGGGAAAACUCUUGCGUACCUUGCACCUAUUGUUCACCUUCUCCAGAUGAGGGAGCCUCGUGUCGAUAGAACUCAUGGAACUUUUGCGUUGGUUCUUGUGCCAACGCGAGAAUUAUGCUUACAGGUUUAUGGGAUUGCGCAGCAGCUGGUUCAUCGUUUUCACUGGAUUGUCCCUGGGUAUGUCAUGGGUGGUGAGAACAGAGCAAAAGAGAAAGCAAGGCUGCGAAAAGGAAUAUCAAUUCUCAUUGCUACCCCUGGGCGCCUCCUUGACCAUUUGCAGCAUACUGCGUCAUUUGUUUAUUCAAAUUUGCGCUGGAUAGUUUUUGAUGAAGCUGACAGCAUUCUUGAACUUGGUUUUGGGAAAGCAGUUGAGGAUAUUCUAGAGCACUUGGGUUCAAGGAAUGGUGCUCCUGAUCAAAAUAAAAACAAAGGGGAGCAUAUCCGAAGGCAAAACCUUCUGUUAUCUGCAACUCUUAAUGAGAAGGUGAAUCGGUUGGCUAAAAUUAGUUUGAAGAAUCCAGUGAUGAUUGGCCUUGAUGAUCAAAAGAAGCCCUCAGGGAAAUCGAACACGCUAGGGAACAGUCAUACUUCUCUAUUAUCUGAUGAUGAGGAGGACGGGAUACUGGAAAAGCAAAAUGAUGUAUUGGAACAUGCAGUUGAUGAUUUCAAGCUUCCUGCACAAUUGGUCCAAAGAUACGUUAAAGUUUCCUGUGGCUCAAGGCUUGCAGUUCUUCUGUCGAUUCUCAAAUCUCUAUUUGAAAGACAAAUUUCUCAGAAGGUUGUUAUUUUCUUGUCAACUUGUGACUCUGUUGAUUUCCACCACACGGUACUCAGCCAGCUUGAAUGGAGCUCUGGCCCACAACUUGAUAUGGAUAAGAAGCAAAAAUUUCUUAGUUGUAAAGUGUUCCGUUUGCAUGGUAGUAUGGAGCAGGAUGAUCGAAAAAAGUCAUUUUUGGGUUUUGGUUCUGAGAAAUCUGCAAUUCUUGUAUCUACCGAUGUUGCUGCUAGAGGCUUGGACUUUCCAAAAGUCAAGUACAUCAUACAGUAUGAUUCUCCAGGGGAAGCUUCUGAAUACGUUCACAGGGUUGGAAGAACUGCAAGGAUUGGUGAAAAAGGGGAGGCUCUCCUGUUUCUGCAGCCUAUUGAACUUGACUACUUGAAAGAUCUGGAGUCACACGGUGUAUCACUGACAGAGUACCCCUUUCAAAAGGUUUUGGAUAGUUUUCCUGUAAAUGGACAGAAACCUCACAAAAGGAAGAUAAUAUCUUUAGACAUGCACCCUUGGAUAAUGUCUCUGCAGAGAUCACUAGAGGGUUUCGUCGCUGCUGAGGAUGCAACAAAGAAGCUUGCCAGGGACGCUUUCUGCUCCUGGAUUCGGGCCUACACUGCCCACCGAGGCGAACUGAAGAAGAUUUUCAUGGUGAAGAAGCUCCACUUGGGGCACGUAGCGAGGAGCUUCGGGCUGAAGGAACAGCCGUCGUUGGUGGGAAGGUCGCACCAGGUGCAGCUCAAGAAGAGGAAGAAGGAGCAGAAGCGCCAACAGCCUGCCAAGAGGAGAAAGCUCCCCUCCAAGAAGUGAACCUGCACAUCUGAAAUGGCGUGCCGCUUGACUUGGAUCGUGGAUGAUGUGAUCCGCACCAGUUUUGGAACUAACAGCCGCGGGGGCCUGAAGUUUACUUGUACAUCAUGGCUAGGGCUGUAGAGCCCUGGUCAUGGCUGUUUUUGUUCGAGAGAUUCCAUGUUUGGAUAAUGGCUUGAAUGUAGCCUACUUUUUCAUUUUGGCGAACAUGGUUUGAAUGUAGCAACUAGCAAGGGAUGCACAAUGUUGUUGAGAUGACAUUAUGCAUUAUUUUAGUACCCACAUGGGUUUUCUUA